AUGUCUACACCUCCUCGUGAAACAAUACAGAAGCAAAUACAGCAAGAUUGGGCUAACCGAGAAUAUAUAGAAGUCAUCACUGGAAGCAUUAAAAAAAUCACUGAUUUCCUCAAUUCUUUUGACAUGUCCUGUAGAUCUCGUCUCGCCACACUCAAUGAGAAAUUAACAUCAUUAGAGAGGAAAAUUGAUUACUUGGAAGCUUGUGUAACAAAGGGAGAAACAUUAACAUGA